CUCAUCUCGUGAUGGACUCGUGCACCCAUGUGCAGCAGUAGCACUUUGGUUCUCACUAAACGGCACAGCGAGCAGAGCAAUACUAUAUAAGAAGCGGCACCCACAUUCGGGCUCAACAUCUCAUCUUCCCCUUCGCACCUCGCCGGGGCCUUCAAACCACACCAUUGGAGAAGGAAAAACAAAACCAUUACCACCCCCCGAGAAACAGUUCUCAAAGUGAAGUAGAACUUCAUACAGGAACUGGGUUGCGUUUAAAUUAGAGUUCUGACUGACAUUUUCUAGAUAUUUUUUGUUUUGAGUUCCGGCAUUGUUUUUUAAAGUUGAUACUCUGAAGGAGAGAGAGCCAGGAAUUGUGAUCUCUGAUGGCCGAGAUCGGAUUAGAAUGGUGGGGUUCGAGGUUGAUUAAAGUAGUUUUGAUUAGUUUUCUCCUUAUGGCUUCGUUGUUUGUUUCGGCAAAAGGAAGCUUGGAGCAAGAAGCUUCAAGUUACGGUGAGAAAGAAAAGGUCGAGUCUGAUUACAUUACGAAAGUAUUGAGCUUUUUAUGGCAACCGAGCCGAUUGGGUUAUACGCAUGUUUGGCCGGAACUGGAAUUUGGCUGGAAAAUUGUUGUUGGUACCAUAAUAGGAUUCUUUGGGGCAGCUUUUGGAACCGUGGGAGGAGUUGGUGGGGGUGGCAUUUUUGUUCCUAUGCUCACCCUUAUUAUUGGGUUUGAUCAGAAAUCAUCCACAGCAAUAUCAAAAUGUAUGAUCAUGGGUGGAGCUGCCGCAACUGUUUUCUACAAUUUAAAGCAAAGACACCCUACGCUUGAUCUUCCUGUCAUUGACUAUGACCUUGCACUUCUGUUUCAACCAAUGUUGGUGUUAGGGAUCAGUAUUGGAGUUGCUUUCAAUGUGAUUUUUGCUGACUGGAUGAUCACAGUCUUGCUAAUUCUAACCUUCCUAGUCACUUCAAUUAAGGCAUACCUAAGGGGUAUUGAAACGUGGAAAAAGGAAACCAUACUCAAAAAGGAGGCUGCUAGAUUCUCGCAAUCAAAUGGUAACGGUGUUGAAGAGGGUGAAUACAAACCUCUACCUGAAGGCCCAGGCAAUGGAACUCAUUCAGAGGCUAAAGAAUCUGAAAAGUCAAAGGUCUCCAUUAUUGAGAACAUUUACUGGAAGGAAGUUGGAAUUCUUUCAGCUGUAUGGAUUAUUAUCCUUGUACUGGAAAUUGCUAAGAACUACACGACAACUUGCUCAGUGUCAUACUGGGUGCUAAACCUAUUGCAGAUUCCAGUGGCCGUUGGAGCAUCUUCAUAUGAAGCUGUUAAGCUAUACAAAGGGCAGAGAGUGAUUGCAUCAAACGGAGAAGCAGGCACAAAUUGGAAGGUGCACCAGCUGGUUCUUUGUUGUGCAGGUGGCCUUCUAGCUGGUAUAGUUGGUGGGUUGCUUGGUCUUGGUGGAGGAUUCAUUUUGGGUCCACUUUUUCUGGAGCUGGGAAUCCCUCCUCAGGUGUCAAGUGCCACAGCUACCUUUGCCAUGACAUUUUCCUCGUCCAUGUCUGUCGUAGAAUAUUACCUUCUGAAACGUUUCCCUGUUCCUUACGCUCUGUACUUUAUUGCUGUUUCAACAAUUGCUGCUGUUAUAGGGCAGUAUGUGGUAAGAAGGGUGAUCACUAUACUCGGGAGAGCAUCUUUGAUCAUCUUCAUUCUGGCUACCACAAUUUUUGUCAGUGCUAUAUCACUGGGUGGGGUGGGCAUAGCAAACGUGAUUGAAGAUAUUAAGGACAAAGCGUAUAUGGGAUUUGAAAACAUCUGCACAUAUGAUGCAUAAUCUUGGAAGUUUUUCCCCUGACUUUCCGAGUCUCCGAGUUUUAGGCAACACUUGAUUCUCUCUGAGCUUCGAAAUUCUUCGUGGUUAGGAACAGAUAUGAGUAAUAAAUGGAGCUAAAGUGAAGCUCCAUUUUUCUGCAUUGUUUUUUAUGACUGUUUCAGGAUUGUUGGACAGAUGGUGCUUACCAUUUUUGCACCUGCUGAUCAGGUUUUAAAAUUAGUCCAAAGAUACAUUAAUAUUUUCCAUAUAAA